AUGAUCAUGUAAACAAAGUAAAUUAGACUAAAAUAUUGCAAAUAAUAAUUGAUUUCGAAUAAUUUAGAGUACAAGAUGACCUACUAUAUAAUCAAUAUAUUAAACAGUGCCAAUUUAGAAAAUUGCUUAUUUAUGUUCAAAGACUUGAAGUGGAUGUUCUAAAAGUAAUAACUUUGUGUUAUUCCAAAUAAGAAAAUCGAAAUUGUGUUCAGAACACAUAUUGCUAUCUUUUCAGUUUCAUUCAUGUUCAUUGAAAAAUUUGCAGAAAUUAUUUAAAAAGGAAUCAAAAACAAUCGAUCAUAAUUACUUAGUAAUAAGCGAAAGAAUACCGCAGUAUUUGCUUUCAAAUUAAAAUAAAAGGUAAACGAUAAAAUUAUGCCAAAUAAGGCUAUGUUACACACUGUAACGAAAUAAGGGCUCAACUCACUUAAAAUUGAAUUGUAAAUAAAAGUUAAUAUUGGUAUUUCGGAAUCGCAAAUUUAAGAUUCAAUCAUGAAAAGCUCAAUCAAGUAAAUAGGAAUGAUAAAGUAUUGA